AUGAGCCGUUCGACAAAAUGUCAGCUUCUUGUGUAGUAUGUAGUGCGACCAAUUAUUGUGACAACAAAGACACCGCACGGCUUUUUAGAUUUCCAUCGCCGCUACUGCAUCCCGAAAAGAGAGCAGCUUGGGUAGCUGCUGUGAGGAGUGAGCUGCCGGACGGCUCGCUAUGGGAGCCGAUCGGGGACUGUCACAUCUGCAGCGCGCACUUUGUCACAGGGCGGCCAUCGAACUUCAAGGACCGCCCUGACUUCGUUCCCACCGUGUUCAACCGCACAAGACCUGGCGGUACCGCACUGCAGCCGUAUAACUUCUGUGUGGAGAGGCAGAAAGGUGAAGGAGCUGCCCUUGCGGGGGAGGAGACCAGCUGCCAGCUUAGAGCCACUGAGGACAUCAGGUUUAAAUGCUGUUUCUGUGCCUAUGUCACCACUGAUCAGCAUGGAAUUAUUAACCACCUGGUCUCCCACGGUAUUCAACAAUUCAAGUGCCAACAUUGUUCAGUGUUAUUUGACUCCAUGUUAGAAUUGCAGUGUCACUCUCAAAUGCAUAGAAGUGAUAUGCCAUUCAAACGUCCCAGUUCUCCGAAAUCGUCCCUCAGCGAGCAGGUCUGUUUAGCUCGCACGCAUACCUACAAGUGCCAGUUCUGUCAUUUAGCCUUUAAGGAGCGUGGUGGUCUGACCAGGCACUAUCAAACACACUUGGCAGAAAAAUCUUUCAAGUGCAAACAAUGUCCCAAAGCCUUUGCACAUAGUAGCAGUUUGGCCUACCACAGUCGAAUACACACAGGUGAAAAAACUUACAAGUGUAAGCAUUGCCCCAAGGUUUUCACUCGGAAUUGCUUUCUAACCAUCCACAAUCGAAUGCACACGGGCGAAAAGCCUUAUCAAUGCAUGCAAUGUCCAAAAGCCUUCGGUCAUCACAACAGCUUGAUUGAACACAAUAGAAUCCACACGGGUGAAAGACCUUACAAAUGUGAACUGUGCUCCAAAGCCUUCACUCGACAAUCAGGCCUGACCGAGCACAUUCGAACUCACACAGGUGAAAAACCUUACAAAUGCAAGCAAUGCCCUAAAGCCUUUGCUCAGAGACACAGUCUGACUGUGCACACUCGAAUACACACGAAGGAAAAGCCUUACAAAUGUAAGCAAUGCCCCAAAGCCUAUGCUCAGAAUAUCUGUCUGAUCCUCCACAAUCGAACGCACACAGGUGAAAGGCCUUACAAGUGUAAACUGUGCCCCAAAGCCUUCGCUUGGGAAUCAAUCCUGACCAGCCACAUUCAAAUGCACAUACGCAACCAGUACAAGCCGUGCUCCAAAGCCUUUGCUGAGAAUACCAGUCUGACCAUCCACGAUGGAGUGCAUAUGGGUGAAAAGCCUUAUAAAUGCAAGCAAUGUCCUAAAACUUUCUGUCAUAGGGGUGCUCUGGCCAUUCACCACAGAGUACACACAGGUGAAAAACCAUACAAGUGUAUGCUGUGCCCGAGUGCCUUCAGUCGGCCAUCAACCCUGACCGACCACAUUCGAACACACACGGGCAUCAAGCCUUAUAAGUGCAAGCAAUGCCCUAAGGCCUUUACUCAGGGUCACCACCUGACUGCUCACUAUCGAACACACACAGGUGAAAAACCUUACAAGUGUGAGCAAUGCCCUAAAGCCUUUUCUCAGAAUGGCACUUUGACCCUCCACAGUCGAACGCACACAGGUGAAAGACCUUACAAAUGUAAGCUGUGUCCCAAAGCCUUCACAUGGCAGUCAUCCUUCAAACACCACAAUCGAAUGCACGCCGGCAAAAAACACAAGUGAAGGCAAUAGUGUCGUGUGAAUAUUCCAAUAGUAGUUUCAAAUAAAAUGCUAUUCAAUAUUCGCUUCGAUAUAAACUGGGAUAUUUGUAUUUUUCGAAGUGUUGAUCACGGUUGGGUAGCCCCGUUGAGCUCGCUCUUUUCCGAACAUGGGUGCACUGCGGAGAAGCAUCACCCGCGGAAGCGGACUUUGCAGGUGUUGUUUCUCUGCAGUGCUCAGGUGAUCGGUAAGUGCGCUCAACAGGGCUAACCCACUGCAAUCAAAAUUUCAAAAAGUAGAAAUGAGGACUUUUUUUUUGUUAACCCUACAAUGCAUGACUUUUUAUAUAUUCCUCAAAAAAAUAUUUUCUUGGUCUAUUGCACCAAAAGAAACUACAAAAAAUUAAUAAAAAAAUUCUGGCUUUAUUUUUAGCUUUUGAAAUCAAUAAAAAAUGUGUGUAUCAUAUAUGAUACACCAUGCAUUUGGGGUACUAUCGGUUAUGAAAAGCAUAAAAGCAAUUCUUUUUUUGGUUGAUGCAAAGAGCGACGCCACACUUGUCGCAUUUCACAAACGUGAGCGCCGGGCACUGUGGAAGUUUGCAGCGCUGUCUCGUGUCCAUCCACUGAGGCCAGUGACUGAGCUGGUCAAGCCGGAUGUCUUGUGGAGGAACGUGCGUGGCAGGCCCUUUCUUCUUUUUUGCUUCAAGUUCGCGUUGUAGCUCUGCUGAUGGUCUGCCUCAUUUGGCUACCAUUUCUCCUUUUUUGCGAGGCAUUGGGCAACCUCCUUUCGAAACGUUGCAAGAGGUGUUGCAGCAGAGUCGCCUUUACUUCUUUUGUGGAGUAUCCAGAAGUUCACCAUGGUGAGGUCAAUGAGGUGAUAGAAGAGCUUGAAGUACCACUUCCUCGAUCGCAUGGCAAUCUUAUACCGACCCAUGAGUCCAUCAAGGAGGUCCACCCCACCCAUGUGGAGGUUAUACUCGACGAUUAUGUUGGGGCCAGUCUUGGGUAAGUUACUUUUGAAAAGUAAUUCGUUGCAGUUACUUUCAGGAAAAAGUAGCGAAGUUACCGUUACAGUUACCGCAACAAAAGAGUAACUCGUUACAGUUACUUUUAAAAAGUAACGACGUUACUUUUCUAUAACACAAAAAAAUUAGAAAAAACUAGAAAACUCCCCCCACCAGGUCUUAUUGCAUAAAAUUAAAAGUAUGCUUUUUACUUCAUAUUGUAACUUAGCAGAAAUUGCUUCUCGAAAUUAGUGUUCGAAAAUUUCCACGCCAGAGUAGUGGCGCUAAUCAAAAUACGAAACAUGCGCAGUGCGGACUACUCGCGCUAAUCAAAAUACGAAACAUGCGCAGUGCCCUCCGUGUGUAUUGUUCUUUCACGGUUGAUUAACCUGAUUAAAAAGCGUUUGCGCAGAAAAAAGAAAAACCACAACAUAAAUAGUGCUUCAAGACACUAAGAUGUAAGUUCAGUCACCAAAUGCAAGUGCGUGCGUAAAGAUAACUAGAUUUUUUUUUCAUGAAAUCUACACCUGGCUAUAUUCGGGUCGUGACUCGUGAGAAAGAACAUAUUCACAAGUUCGUGCAAGGCCAACUUGACACUCGAAAUGUUGGAAUAGACGAUUUGAAAAGUGCAAGGAAAAUUUAAAUUGUACUCGUUCAGUGAUAUAUUAUUCAUAAAACACUGGAAAGUAACGACAAAAGUAACGUCGUUACUUUCAUUGUUACCUCAGAAAAAAGUAAUAGAACUGCAGUUAUAAGUUGCAUUUUAAAAAGGUAACUCGUUGCAGUUACAAGUUACCAUAAAAGGAACGAAAUUACAGUAACGCGUUACUACCCAAGACUGGUUGGGGCAUUCAACUUGGACCUUACUUUUUGUCUUUCGAUCAUAUCGGUCUACUUGUCCCUUGGGCACCGCUCCCACGAACGUAGAAAGGAGCAUGACACUCUUGUUGUCUUUCCAGACUACCAUGGUCACAUCAACUCCAUCAACGCAGACAACAUUCUCCACUGUUGUCCCCCUGUCAUUUCCUUUCAGUUCUUUUUCAGUAGGGAGCUUGCAGUUUGGGAUGCGGUUACUCUUUACGGUGCCCAAAAAAAAGGAUACCCUGUUUUGCAAGGUAGACCAUAACCUUUGGUGAGGUGUAAUAAUUGUCAAAAUAAAGCUUGUGGUUAGCGUUCCUUGGGAUCUGCCUGCUGAGCCUCACGACAACGUUUCCAGUAGCACCAAGGUCUGGCUCCGCUGGUCUUCUUUUUGACGGACAGUUUUCGUGACCGGUGUAGAUUUCCACGUCACAAGCGUAUCCGGACACGCCACUGAGCACAAACAGCUUGUAGCCCCACUUAUGGGGUUUGUUGGGCAUGUACUGCUUCAAGAAAUGUCGGGCUUUAGUGCUGCACAUUUGUUCAUCGAGUGAGAGACAUUCUUCCAUGGGAACAGAAAGAAAUCUUCUUUUCAAGGCUCCAAAAACUGGCCUGAUUUUGAAAAGCCUGUCUCGUGCUUCUUUACUCGGGUCCAUUUCUUCGUUGUUGCAGAAGUGUAAGAACCGCCUUAUUUUUUCAAAGAUGUUCACUGACAUUAUAGAAGAUAUUGUCUUGUUUCCGAGUAAUCUCGAACACUCAGCAGGUGCACCAGGGACAUGUAGAUGCAGAUUCCCAGGAACUUUCUGACAUCGCUUGGUGUCACCUCAGUUGGCUUUCCAGCGUCGACUUGCACACUGUAGAGUGAAGACUGUUCGGAGGUGAAUGCUAUCAGCUGGUCCAUAAAAAAAUAUUGAAAAAACUGGUACGGUGUUUCCAGCUUCAAUAUCUCCAGGGGCGAAGCUUAGUUUCCUCUGAAAAUUGUGCACGUUGUGGGUACAGAGGGCGCUUUUUUCUUCCACUGAAAUGUUUCUCCACUUCCGGCACUAGAGCUUUCAGUGACAUGAGAAACACCUGGGACUUCUUCGUCGCUACUGGCGGAAUCUUCGUCCUCUUCAAGCUCGAAAUCUGAAUCAGCGCUUGCUUCAAAAAAAGAAUAUCUUGGAUUUCUUCAUCCGAGAGGCCAUUCGUCAUGUUUGCACUGCGCAGCAAAAACAACAGUUACAGCGCGUGUUUGGAAAAGAAAACAAACAAACAACCGCGAUAGCGCGGGGGCCCUUUGAAGGGACCGCACCAGUUAUUUUCUGAAUAUGUCAUGCUGUAAUUUACCAGAACGGUGCAGGUAGAUGCAUCGUCUAACUACACAUCUGUGACACAUCACAGUGCAAUCUGUUGAGAAAGCGACACGUGCGGCUCCUUUAAUGUGCCCACGAUGAUAUAGGCAAAAAUGGGUAUUUUCAUUGCCUCGCAAAAUAUUCCCACAUUCCAGAGUGUCUUCCCUGUCGAAAACAAAGCGCUGCACAAGCUACUGCUGUGUACAUCAUCGUUAUAAAAUAAAACGGACCAUGCCAGGCGGCAAAGCAAAAGUACAAAACACUUUCCCUAAAUGCGUAACGUAUCAUAUCUGGCACAAAGCUAGUUUCGCGUACCAGACACUGCUGACGGCAAAACCGGAGAUGAACAUCUGUCCGGUGAAAAGUAAAAGUGAAGCUUCUCAAAUAUAUUUUUUUGAAGUGCCCAGCUUACCGAAUGCAGCGCCGAGACGCUCUCGUUGUUGACGACUUCCCACGCAAAUUGGCGCGAACGCUGAACUGGAGUAUCGGCAGAACAACAGACCAGUGGCGGCACUUAGGAGCGCCUUACUGCACUAGAUGGCCCGCAGUCUGUAUCAGAUCUGAUCCGCAUUCGUGUCAUGUCCAACAACAGAUCUGGCGACGUGUACAUAUUUUUGGUUUGUAUCAUGUGAUACACCAUAUGCAUUGUAGGGUUAAGCAAGCCAAAUCCAGAAGUCGGAAUUACUAAGCCAAUUUUGGCUGAAAUUCAGAGUAUAUCUGGGUGUUCAUCAUUUCGAAAAAGUACUAAUCUGAAAUCAGUCAUAUGAUGCGAGAAUAACAAACGUAAAGGUGGCUGUGGUACAGCGUUCGAAGCUAUUGUGAUAAGCGCACAAUCCUGUUUAUCUCAGUUUCACUUCACAUAAAUAUGGCUCUUUUAGGAAAAAAAAAAAAGAACUCAAAUAUCGCAGUUGCCUGCGUAGGAUAAAAG